AGAAUUGCCAUGCAAAUUGAUAAACAUAGAUCUAUUCUACUCUGAUGCAUUCCCCCUACCCUUAUCCCUACAUUCCCUACAACAAUUAUUGCUACUGAAAGUGUGGAAUUGAUUUUAUAUGCCUGAAACAAUAGACACCCUGCCUGCCCUCUGUUUGGGUUACAGCCACAAAGCAGCCAGCUGCAUUUUCCCCUCCAUCCAAUCAGCACAGCCCAAACAAGAGUCACAUUUCCUCGUUCCUCUGUCCUUAUAUGGCAGAAAGUAGGCUGGGCUUUUCAGACUGGGGGACUCGUGGAAAAUGGUGGCUUGGAAAUACUGACAGCUUGUGUGAAGAGAAGAAUAACAAUAGCUUGACCUCAGUUUGUCAAAGUCAGAUGCUCACAGCGAUGGCUGACGCAGGGCAGAUCAGAAAGACAGCGGUCAAGGUGCUGGGCUGCGUGGAGAAGGUCUCCUCCUUCGCCUCGUCCAUCAACCCCCUCUUCGGCAUCGUCUCCUCCCUGGUGGGGGUGGUGCGCAUUGGCCUGGCGGGCGAGGAGGCGCACGCCCUGGACAAGGACUUCCAGUUGGUGCACGGCAAGCUGGAGAGCAUCUCUGCGAAGAACCGCCAGUGCCUGCGGCAGAUCCGUGUGGACGAGGUCAAUGAGACAUUCGGUAAGUACGAGGAGUACAUCAAGCACCAGUACGCCGCCUUCAACUCCAUGGUGACACUGGUGAGGAAGGACCCAGAGGGAGCGCGGCGCCACAUGGCCGACUUCGAGUGGGUCUAUGAGAGGGACAAGAGCGACCUGAGCCUGGACGUGUACUACCGGGGCGUCAUGGGCACCGGGUCGGUGUUCGGAAGGCCCCUGCUGAAGGUGUACCUGGAGCACUGCGACGGAGACCGCAGGGUCAUGGAGCACCGGUGCUCCCACCUGGGACACCUGUUCCACAUCGGCCUGAUCGCCCUCAUGGCCUACACAGCGGUGACAGAGGACGACGAGGAGGAGGUGCGGGAGAAGUGGGCCAAGCGCGUGGAGGACAUCCAAGCCAAGAUGCAGGAGGUUUUGAGUCAGUGCAAAGAGGAGGAGGAGAGGAGUCCUCCCUAAAGCUUGGGGAAGGGGAGAGGUGGCGGCCCUGUCCAUAAACUACCCUUACUCCCAGUCCUGGAGUGCUACUGGGUGUGUAGUAUGUCCUGGGUGUUCCUGCCCUGCUCUAAUCCAUCCAAUUCUACUAAUCAGCUGCUUAUCAUGGGCCUAAUUAGCUAAACCAGGUAUGUUAGAGCAGGGAUGGAAUAAAAGCCUGCAGACCCAGUAGCUAUCCAGGAGGAAGGAUGGCCACCCCUGCUCUGACUCAUUUUUAGAACUAGAUAGGUACAAGCAAUAUGGCUGUAGCUCCACCUUGCCCUUGGUGGAAUUUUUUGCCAAAUAUUGUUUAGACCUGUCCAACUUAUUCUGAUCAAAACAAGUGCCAAGGGGUAGGGGCUAGGGGUUGAUUCUCGACAGGGCCAGCGAUUUGAAGGGAGUUUGGGUGGGUGAGAAGUGGAGUUUGGUGGUUAAAACUGUGGAGAAGAGGUUUGUUCCCACUUUCUCAGCAACCAGACUCAUUCAAGUGGACCAAGUAAAGCAAGGAAAUCAUAUAUUAUGAAUAGAUGGGAAACCAAAUUCACAGUAAAAGCAAUCAAAUGUAUUUUACUCUGUGCAUGUCAUUUAUUUGGGUCAACUAAAUUCUGUUGUUGUGGCAAUAGUUCCUAGUUUGAACAGCUGCCUUAUAUUAGGCUACCUGCCAAUACGUUCUCUGACUGUCUGUUAAUGUUUUUUACACUGUCUUCAAUAAACAAGUCAAUGAUGACCCAUA